AUGGAUUUAGUCGUAACUAAUAAUGGCACUAACAAUACAGCUCUACUUGUCGGAUAUGGCAACGGCACUUUUGCCAGUCCAAAAAUGUAUUCAACUGGAUCUUCUUCAUCAAUCUCCAUUGCCAUAGGUGAUUUAAACAGAGAUAAUCGUUUAGACAUUGCUGUCAUCAAUAAUGAUACGAAUACCAUAAGUAUCAUGCUUGGUUAUGACGAGUUUUUUCCAAUACAAACGACAUAUUUAACUGAUCGUGCCCCAUACUUUUUAGCUCUUGGUGAUUUUAAUAAUGACAUCGAACUGGAUAUCGUCGUCGCUAAUCAGUUGAACAAUACUAUAAGUAUCCUUCUCGGAUAUGGAAAUGGUUCUUUUGCACAUCAAGUGACGUACUCAACUGGCUCUAAACCGUUGUCUGUAGCUCUUGGGGACUUUAACAACGAUACUCAACUAGAUAUCGUCGUUACUAAUGCGGAUAACAACACUGUAAGUGUCCUUCUCGGAUAUGGCAAUGGCUCUUUUGCAAAUCAAACAACAUAUUCAACUGGUUCUGCACCAUACUCUGUAGCUGUUGGUGAUUUUAACAACGACAACCGACUGGAUAUCGUCGUCGCUAAUUGGGGUGAAAAUACUACAAGUGUCCUUCUCGGAUAUGGCAAUGGUUCUUUUGCAAAUCAAACGACAUAUUCAACUGGCUUCGGGCCACAGUCUGUAGCUGUUGGUGAUUUUAAUAACGACGUCCGACUGGAUAUCGUCACCGCUAAUUUUGGUGACAACACUAUAAGUGUACUUCUCGGAUAUGGCAAUGCUUCUUUUGCAAAUCAAACAACAUAUUCAACUGGCUCUGGGUCACGCUCUGUAGCUGUUGGUGAUUUUAAUAACGACAGCCGACAGGAUAUCGUCGUUGCUAAUUUCAAUGACAACAAUGUAGGUGUACUACUUCGGUAUGACAGAGGAGCUCUGAAAGACAAAAUCACAUUUGCAUCUGGCGAUGGUUCUCGUUUACGAAGCUUUGCUGUUUUUGACUUCAAUAAUGAUAGCCUACUAGAUAUUGCUGUUGCCAACUAUGGUACCAAUAACAUCAGUAUUCUUCUUGGACAUGAGAAUGGCACGUUUGGAAACCAAAUGAUGUUUUCAACGGGCUUAAAUUCUCAUCCUUACUCAAUGGCUAUCCAUGAUUUUAAUAAAGACGGUCAAGCAGAUAUAGCCGUAGCGAAUUAUGGUAGUAAAAAACUUGUUGCAUUUCUGGGCAGUGGGAACGGAACAUUUGAAAAUCAAGCGAGUUACGGUGUAAAUUUCGAUUUCGCUCCAUUGAUGGUUGGUGCUGGCAGUUUCAACAAAGAUGGACGUUCAGAAAUUUUGGUGUACGGAUAUUAUGUGAUCAAGUUUGUAGUCAAUUUAUCAUGA